AUGAGUCGCAACUUCAUCCCCGCCGCAUUAGCCAUCGGCAUGGGCAUAUUGACCGGCUACUAUACCUUCCAACCCGCACUACAAGAACUCCAAAUCGAGAAGCGCAAGCCUCAAUCGUAUGUCUCGCUCUUCACGUUCUGCGACGAGCCACCGCGCAUUGCAUUUAGACAUGAGUUAGCCUCAAAUGAAGUCUCAGACUCCCGCGUCAAGCUCCGAGACCAAGCCGUCGGACCAGCAGACCAGGUAGCGCUGAGCGAGAAACCGGAUGAAGGCGGACUUGAAGAGAAUGUUCCUGCAGGAGCAGGGACUUCGAACCGGAUCCACAGUGCUGAAGCAAGUUGGAGCGAGGUGGUGCAAGACAUCUCUGUCUGGAGACAGGACUUCAGAGCGCGCUCUCGAGGGACCUAG